UGGCAAGGUCUUAGACAGAGGUAUUCUUCUAUCUCUUUUCUUACGUAGUGUAUUUGUAACUAUUUUUCAAUAAAAGAUAAUCUAUUCUCGAUUUUAAGCUUGAACUGAAAGUAGUAGAUGGUACUCUUUUAGUUUGAAAACUUUUUUGAUUUGUAACAAUUCGGUGCAUAAAAAUUUCAGAGGCCAUGAAGACAGUUUUGGAUCCACGGAAGAUCAUGAAAGUAAAGCCUUGGACUAGUUUGCGUUCUCUGUUUGCAAGUUUGAUGUUUGCUCUGGCCAUUAUUUAUCAAUAUAGUCCCAAAUUUCGACCAUUAGUCAAGAGCUUAAUGUUUGUUGCGAACAUGUUGCAGCAAAGUAGUCCUUAUCUUCAACAAGCACUCAACAGAUACAUUCAGAAAAUAGAGUCAAGUUGUGACCCUUACAUCCAGAUCACAUUCCAUGAACAUUCGUCACGCCAAUUCUCUGAGCGCAGUGGAGCUUAUGUCGCGAUUCAGCGUUAUCUGGAAGCCAACUCUUCGCGCAUGGGAAAGCGACUGAAGGCUCAUUCUGUAAAAGGCCAUGAGUCUCUUGUUCUCAGCAUGAAUAAUAAUGAAGAGAUAACUGAUGAAUAUCAAGGGGUCAGAGUGUGGUGGACUUAUAGCAACAAUGUUGUGUCAACGACGAAUAAGUUGCAGCUUGAAAAACAGAGAAGCUAUACUCUUAUAUUUCAUAACAGGGAUCGUGAUUUGAUCACCAAGUCUUACAUGAAACAUGUUUUGACUAAGGGGAAAGCGCUGUCUCUGAAGAAUCGUCGAAGAAAGCUUUAUACAAACAAGUACGGUAGGUGGACUGAGGUUGAUUUUGAGCAUCCGGCUACAUUUGAUACUCUAGCACUCAAGGCGGACACAAAGAAGGACAUUGUAGAUGAUUUGAUCACUUUCAGCAAGGCUAAAGACUAUUACAUGAAAGUAGGCAAGCCCUGGAAAAGAGGGUAUCUUCUUUAUGGUCCUCCCGGGACAGGAAAAUCGACUUUGAUUGCUGCAAUGGCCAAUUUGUUGCAUUAUGAUGUGUAUGAUCUUGAGCUGACCUCUGUUACGUGCAAUACUGAGUUGAAGAAAUUGCUUACUGAAACUUGUGGAAAAUCAAUAACUGUGAUAGAGGACAUUGACUGUUCACUUGAUUUCACUGGGAAAAGGGAGCUCCAGAAUAUAGAGAUGAAAGAGAAAGACAAGCCAAGUGGUAAUCAAAAGCCAAGCCAGGUUACUUUAUCUGGCUUACUAAAUUCGAUUGAUGGUCUUUGGUCUUCUAGUGCUGGCGAAAGAAUCAUUGUGUUUACAACUAAUUCUUUGGAAGAUCUUGAUCCUGCAUUGAUUCGAAGAGGGCGAAUGGACAAACAUAUUGAAAUGUCUUAUUGUUCAUUUGAAGCUUUCAAAGUGCUUGCCAGAAACUAUUUGGAGAUUGAGUCUCAUAAACUAUUUGGAAGAAUUGAGGAGUUGUUGGCAGAAACUAAUAUAAGCCCGGCUGAUGUUGCGGAAACUUUGAUGCUUAAAUCUGGUGAUGGCGAGAAUUGCCUAAAGUGUUUGAUAAGUGUUCUAGAGGAUGUGAAAGAUAUUUCAGAAGACAUCAAAGAAGAAAAGCAUAAAGUUGUCAAAGUAGACAAGAGGAAGAAAAAGGUUAAAGAGGCAUUAGCAGUAAAAGAUGUGGCAGCCAAUGGAUGAUUAGUCCUAAUCUGUGAUCGUUACUAUGAAAUUCUUCUUUUUAGUUAUAAAAACUUCAGAAGGCUCAGGUUAAUCAUAAAGUCAGGAGUAAAACUAAACAUUCUUCCAGCUAGGGUUUGUCACAGAGCAUUUCAUUCCCUACAAAGAGUUUUUGACACCAAACUCAUAAGUCGUUGCUCCGUCUUAAACCACAAUCAAAUAUAUCAGAUAUUCUUAUAUCUUCAUUCCCAAGUUAU